AUGGAGGCAGAGAAAGACUCUGGAAGAAGAUUGCGCCCGAUCGACCGCCAGAGAUACGACGAGAACGAGGACUUGUCGGACGUGGAGGAGAUUGUCAGCGUCCGGGGCUUCAGCCUAGAAGAGAAGCUACGCAGCCAGCUGUACCAGGGGGACUUCGUGCACGCCAUGGAGGGCAAAGAUUUCAACUAUGAGUAUGUGCAGAGAGAAGCUCUUAGAGUCCCCCUGAUAUUCCGAGAAAAGGACGGACUAGGAAUUAAGAUGCCUGACCCUGACUUCACAGUCCGAGACGUCAAACUCCUCGUGGGGAGCCGGCGGCUGGUGGAUGUGAUGGACGUCAACACCCAGAAGGGCACAGAGAUGAGCAUGUCUCAGUUUGUGCGUUACUACGAGACACCAGAGGCGCAGCGGGACAAACUGUACAACGUCAUCAGUCUCGAGUUCAGCCAUACCAAGCUGGAGCACCUGGUCAAGCGUCCGACCGUGAUCGACCUGGUGGACUGGGUGGACAACAUGUGGCCCCAACACUUGAAAGAGAAGCAGACAGAGGCCACCAAUGCCAUUGCCGAGAUGAAGUACCCGAAAGUGAAGAAGUACUGUCUAAUGAGCGUGAAAGGUUGCUUCACUGACUUCCACAUCGACUUUGGAGGCACUUCUGUCUGGUACCAUGUGUUCCGAGGUGGAAAGAUCUUUUGGCUGAUUCCUCCAACCCUGCACAACUUGGCACUAUACGAGGAGUGGGUGCUGUCAGGCAAACAGAGUGACAUCUUUCUGGGAGACCGUGUGGAGCGAUGCCAAAGAAUUGAGCUGAAACAGGGUUACACAUUUUUCAUCCCUUCCGGUUGGAUCCAUGCAGUCUACACCCCAGUAGACUCUCUGGUCUUCGGCGGGAACAUCCUGCACAGCUUUAACGUGCCCAUGCAGCUGCGGAUCUAUGAGAUCGAGGACAGAACACGGGUGCAGCCCAAAUUCCGGUACCCCUUCUACUAUGAGAUGUGCUGGUAUGUCCUGGAGCGGUAUGUGUACUGUGUGACCCAGCGAUCCUACCUCACUCAAGAACACCAGAGAGAAUCAAUGCUGGUUGAUGCCCCAAGAAAGUCCAGCAUAGACGGCUUCUCGUCGGAUUCCUGGCCAGAAAUGGAUGAGGAGUGCUGUGAGCAGAACCCCCCAGAGGAAGAGGAGAAGGAACAGGAGGAGGGUGGAGAGAAGGUGCCCAAGCCACUGGCUGAUGGCCCUGCAUCACCCCCCGGCACCCCCGCUGAGGACCCGGAGACCCCCGGGAAGAAGCCCAAAGUUCCUGCUAUGCGGUUCCUCAAGAGGACUUUGUCUAACGAGUCUGAAGAGAGCGUAAAGUCCACCACAGUGCCCACAGACUACCCCAAGACACCCACCGGCUCACCCACCACUGACGUCUCCACCAAGUGGACCCACCUCACCGAGUUUGAGCUCAAGGGCCUGAAAGCCCUGGUAGAAAAACUCGAGUCCCUCCCGGAGAAUAAGAAGUGUGUCCCCGAGGGCAUCGAGGACCCCCAGGCACUCCUGGAGGGCGUCAAGAACGUUCUGAAGGAACAUGCAGAUGAUGACCCCAGUCUGGCCAUCACUGGUGUCCCUGUGGUUACUUGGCCAAAGAAGACACCAAAGAACCGGGCGGUGGGUCGGCCCAAGGGGAAGCUGGGCCCGGCCUCCGCAGUGAAGUUGGCUGCCAACCGUACCACGGCGGGAGCUCGCCGGCGCCGGACGCGAUGCCGCAAGUGCGAGGCCUGCCUGCGGACGGAGUGCGGCGAGUGCCACUUCUGCAAGGACAUGAAGAAGUUUGGGGGCCCUGGGCGGAUGAAGCAGAGCUGCAUCAUGCGACAGUGCAUUGCGCCUGUGCUGCCCCACACCGCCGUUUGCCUAGUAUGUGGCGAGGCUGGGAAGGAAGACACAGUAGAGGAGGAGGAAGGCAAGUUUAACCUCAUGCUCAUGGAGUGCUCCAUCUGCAAUGAAAUCAUCCACCCCGGAUGCCUUAAGAUUAAGGAGUCAGAGGGUGUGGUCAAUGAUGAGCUUCCAAACUGCUGGGAGUGUCCCAAGUGUAACCAUGCUGGCAAGACCGGGAAACAAAAGCGUGGUCCUGGCUUCAAGUAUGCCUCAAACCUGCCCGGCUCCCUGCUCAAGGAGCAGAAGAUGAACCGGGACAACAAGGAAGGGCAGGAGCCUGCCAAGCGGAGGAGCGAGUGUGAGGAGGUGCCCAGGCGCAGAUCAGACGAGCACCCCAAAAAGGUGCCCUCAGAUGGCAUCCUGCGCCGAAAGUCUGAUGACGUGCACCUGAGGAGGAAGCGGAAAUAUGAGAAGCCUCAGGAACUGAGUGGACGCAAGCGAGCCUCGACGCUUCCAACGUCCCCCGGUUCCUCCUCUCACCUUCCGCCGAGGCCCCCUCUAGGCAGCAGCCUCAGCCCCUGGUGGAGAUCCAGUCUCACUUACUUCCAGCAGCAGCUAAAACCUGGCAAAGAAGAUAAACUUUUCAGGAAAAAGCGGCGAUCCUGGAAGAACGCGGAGGAUCGGAUGGCUCUGGCCAACAAGCCCCUUCGACGCUUCAAGCAGGAGCCGGAAGAUGACCUGCCUGAGGCACCCCCCAAAUCCAGGGAAAGCGACCACUCACGCUCUAGCUCACCCACAGCUGGGCCUAGCACUGAGGGCGCUGAAGGCCCUGAGGAGAAGAAGAAGGUGAAAAUGCGCCGGAAACGGCGCCUUCCCAACAAGGAGCUGAGCAAAGAGCUAAGCAAGGAGCUCAACCAAGAGAUCCAGAAAACGGAGAAUAGCCUGGCCAAUGAGAACCACCAGCCCAUCAAGUCGGAGCCUGAGAGUGAGAAUGAGGAGCCCAAGCGGCCCCUGGGCUUCUGCGAGCGCCCCCACCGCUUCAGCAAGGGCCUCAAUGGCACCCCUCGUGAGCUGCGCCACCAGCUGGGCCCCGGCCUGCGAAGCCCUCCACGAGUUAUCUCCCGACCCCCGCCCUCUGUUUCCCCGCCUAAGUGCAUCCAGAUGGAGCGGCAUGUCAUCCGGCCGCCUCCCAUCAGCCCCCCGCCCGACUCGCUUCCCCUGGAUGAUGGAGCAGCCCAUGUCAUGCACAGGGAGGUGUGGAUGGCCGUCUUCAGCUACCUCAGCCACCCAGACCUGUGUGUCUGCAUGCGGGUCUGCAGGACCUGGAACCGCUGGUGCUGUGAUAAGCGGUUGUGGACCCGCAUCAACCUGAACUACUGCAAGUCCAUCACUCCCUUGAUGCUGAGCGGCAUCAUCCGGCGGCAGCCCAUCUCCCUGGACCUCAGCUGGACCAACAUCUCCAAGAAGCAGCUGAGUUGGCUCAUCAACCGGCUUCCUGGGCUCCGAGACCUGGUGCUGUCUGGCUGUUCGUGGAUUGCAGUCUCGGCCCUCUGCAGCUCCAGCUGCCCUCUGCUCCGCACCUUGGAUGUCCAGUGGGUAGAAGGCCUAAAGGAUGCGCAGAUGCGGGAUCUCCUGUCCCCUCCCACAGAUAACAGGCCAGGUCAGAUGGACAAUCGCAGCAAGCUCCGGAACAUCAUGGAGCUGCGCCUUGCGGGCCUGGACAUCACAGACGCCUCUCUGCGGCUCAUCAUCCGCCACAUGCCCCUGCUCUCCAGGCUCCACCUGAGUUACUGUAACCAUGUCACCGACCAGUCCAUCAACCUGCUCACCGCUGUGGGCACCACCACCCGAGACUCAUUAACGGAAAUCAAGCUGUCAAACUGCAAUAAGGUCACUGACCAGUGCCUGUCCUUCUUCAAACGCUGCGGGAAUAUCUGUCACAUUGACCUAAGGUACUGCAAGCAAGUCACCAAGGAAGGCUGUGAGCAGUUCAUAGCGGAAAUGUCUGUGAGCGUCCAGUUUGGGCAAGUGGAAGAAAAACUCCUGCAAAAACUAAGUUAGUCGGAGAUCAAGU